GCCGGCCGGGAAGAUCCGCUGCAAAAAAAAACCAUCGUUCCGCCGAUUGUCGACCGAGCAGCAUCGUACGCGCAGCACCAUGGCCUCGCAAUUCGCGAUUCUCGUUUGUUUGAUGGUAGCCUUGCCAGGGAUCCUCGCCACGGGUUCACUGGCCCUCGCCGGCCUGGGCGCGGCAGCCGCCACCAAGACGGCCAUUGUCAGCAGCGCCCUAGCAACGGGCGCUGCACUCACCGGCGGAGGCGUCUACGGCGGCAGCCUCAAGCGACACCACUACGGCGGCGGAGGCGGCGACUACUACGGAGGUGGUAACUACUACGGAGGCGGCUACGGAGGUGGCUACGGUAACGGUGGCUAUUACGGUGGCGGCUACGACCGGCCUCACCAUCACCACCACCACGGAGGCGGCUACGGAGGCGACUACUAUAACGGCGGCGGUUACGGUAACGGUGGCUACUACGGAGGCUACAACAACGGCUACGGUGGUGGCUACAACAACGGCUACGGUGGUGGCUACGGAGGUGGAUACGGAGGCGGUGUUGGGGUAAGUUUCGGAGUCGGAUACGGCGCUGGUUACGGAGGCAGCUACGGAGGAGGUUACGGAGGUGGCUACGGAGGAGGUUACGGAGGUGGCUACGAUAGCUGGAAAUAAGCUAUUCCUGUGAUUUGGGACACCGAGAGCUUUGAGCGAAACAAAGACUGAAGUUCAUCGUCUCCCCCACGAAAGGACGCAACUCCGCUACAAUGUUGCCAAAUUUUUCCUAGGUAAUUGCACAUUAAUCAGGAGAAUCUCGGGCAUUCCUAACUGAAUGUCUCAUUGAUUUUUUCUCAGUUUUCAUGCAAGCAUCAGAAAAACUCUGGAUAAUAAUUGCAAGGGUGCACUUCCGUAUGAAUUAAUUGCUUGAGUGAUUUUGGCAACCUUGGAAUGAUGUUACGUUCCUUCGUCCGGGAGACGACGAAUUGGACUACAUUUUGCAAUUUGGAACUAUGAAUUCUAGCCCGGUUUAAAAACAACGUAUGUGCCAUCAGUUUCCCUACGCACAUAAGUGCUCUUCCAGAAGAGCCAGAAUUUAUAGUUCCAAAUUGCAAAAUGCAGUACAAUUAAUGCAAGCGCGCACAGAAAAUUAAAUGGAUUUGCCGUGAGCAUCGUCUGAUAAUACGAAAAAAUUUAAUAUCAUUGCAAAAAUCUAAUUUUUAAAAGGCGCACAGCACUGUUAUCCGAACGUCGUAAAACUUAAGCAAAUGUGUAUUGAAGGUAAAAAAAAAGCGUGAAAACAAUUAUCCAAGGGGACGAAUUUACUUGAUUAACAUGGCUCUGUCGCACACAUACUUGUGGUAAACCCAGAAGUUAAAACUCUUCACCAAACGAUUCAAAAAUUAACGAAUCGAGCUCGUUUUAAAAAUUGCAUCCUAUGCAGAAAUUGUUCUUCCAAGGACCAGCUAUUAAAGUAUAGAGAAAAUCUUAUUAGGGGAUCAAAUUAUUGCGCAAAAAUGUUCGGCCCUGAAUUUCAAAAAUAACAUUAUCAAGUUUUGUAUUGAAAUCAAAAAUUCUAUAACUGGCCUCAUAAAUAUUUAUAAAUCGUAUUCGUGAUACACACAAUAUUUGCUCUCUAAAUAUUUAGUGAUAAUGAAUAUCUUACAGGAACCUUUAACAAGUAUGUAAUUUUUCACUGUCAUAAAAACCAGAUCUCGUUCUUAGUAUUUAUUUAUCAGCAUUUUGUGUUACACGUGAGAUCUCUGAUAGCGACUCGCGUGAAUUUUUUAUGUGUACGUAGUGAGUAAAAUUGUAUUUAUUACAGUAUGAUUCUCCAAGAUUGU